GCUCUUCUUCCCGCUGCAGCCUGAGAAAAAAAAGAAAAAAAGGGGAACCCAGCCAUGCCUUGGAAAACCGGUGAGAAAGCUUGGUUUUUGGCCUUCUUUUCUUGCUCUAGAACACAAAUUGAACCCAGAAAUUCUCCCCCCCUGCUGGAAAAUCCAGAUCUGCUUUGCUCUGUCCGCCGGCUGCUCUUGUUGUGGGGGCAAAUUGCUUGGGUUUUGGCCCGUGAGCUUUCUUCUUCCAUGCCGCCGGCCUUCCCCCUGCAGCUCCGGUUUCUACAGCUGGAGAAUUAUGAAAAUGGGGAUAAUUCCGGUAGCUUUAGGAUGAAGUUUAAGUUUCCGAUGGUUCCGUCAGUUAGCAUUGAGAUUGAAUCUUCAGUUUAUGCAAGUGAGCCUGUUUUGUCUCCGAUGUGGUCAUGUUUCUAUAAUCCUGCUAGUGGGAGUUAAACGCUAGCACAUGUCGGCACAUGUCGGCACAUGUCGAUAUGUUAUUGUAACCCUGCUAGUGGGGGUUAAACGCUAGCACAUGUCGGCACAUGUCGAUAUGUUAUUGUAACCCUGCUAGUGGGGGUUAAACGCUAGCACAUGUCGGCACAUGUCGAUAUGUUAGUGAUAGAAUCGGUUCGUACAAGUGACCCUGCUAGUGGGGAUUAUACACUAGUAAAUCGUGUGCCUGCCA